UUUAAUUGGGGGAUUAUUGGUACCAGUCGGGAUAUGUUUUGGUGUCAGCAAUUCAAUGCUUUUAGAAGGUCUGUGGUUUAACUAAAUAUCACAUUUUACAGACGUUGGUGAGACUAAACAUGCUGAUAUGUCAAACGUGUUUUUCUAACUUUUCAUUUGGAAAUAAAGUGGAGGGAAGCUGAUCGUUUAUCCGUUAGAAAUAAACGUCAUCACGCUCCUGACGUCGCUGCUCGAUGGUCUCUUGUUUCCUUGGUAACAACUGUAAACUGUAAAGACGCUGGUUAAAAAAAUGUCGCUGCAGACGGACGCUCCCGAGGAAGCGGAGUUUGAUCAACUUUUCACUGUGUUUGACGGCUCCUCUCCGGAAGAUGUUUCCCAUGCCAGGCAGCUGUGGAGCUCCCUGUCCCUGCUUCCACCGCUUGAGUCCAGGCUGAUGUCGGCAGAUAUCCGCCAGAGGCUGCAAGUGUUCCGGCCUCAGCGCAGCAGCAGCACGGCCUCGGCUCCCCCCGGUCCCAGACCCUCCGCCCCGGAGCUGCCGGAUGUCUUCGCUCCCCGGCAGCGACAAGAAGAGAGACAGCGGUACAAGGCCAUGGCCGACCAGAGGAAGGAGAUCUUGGCGCUGCUGGGGAGGCAGAGACAGCAGAGGAUCCAGAAGGAACUGGUGUCUGCCGCCUUUAAGCCGAAGAUGAAGGUCUGCAGAAGCAGGACAGUGAAACCACAAGAAAAUUCAGACUGUGAGAUGGAAAAAGAAAUGGUUAAACAGCUCAUAUAAAGCAGGGAACAUAUAACCUGUUGUUCUUUUAAAACAUAUAUUAUGAUUAUAAAUCAUUAUAAUCAUAUAAAUAAGGAAUUAAAAAGUCCAAACACAAGCUUUAAUUUCCUCAUAGUCUGUUCUGUUGUCUGAACUAUAUUUAUAGUUUUAAUGUCCUACUCACUGUAACCGUAAUGUUCCGUCUACGGGAUUUAAAAGUUAGUUCAAAGUUUUAUGAUUCAACACCUCAACAUUUCAUUGCAAAGGCAAAACCAUUGCAAACCUAUUGUCAGAAUCACUGUUCAUGGGAGAUAGAGCAUCAUAUAUGAUGCACCACAGCAUGUCUUGCAAGUGUGUUUUAGACCUGUUUAGUCUGAAGUAUAUAUCAGUAGCAAAAUUAACUUUAAAUUCUAUACAACUAAAAAAGUCAAUGAAAACGGACAUUCAAUCUUGAGUUAGACACCCCCACCACAGAGAUGUUUUCUCUGCUCUGAGACAAAGACCUCUAGAUGGCCCUUCUAAUGGGGGAGAAUAAUCUACGUGCAUCUCAAUAGGAACUGUGUUGAAAAACAGGUUUUUGAUACAAAGAAGACUCAAUGUGUUUCCAGAUUUUACAACAUUACCUUAGUUACAAUUUCUGUGUUUACUUUUCAAAUUUUUACUUUAUUGCAUUUUCUUAAAUUCCAAUAAUGUCUAGUGAGUGUGAUUUUAGUUCUAAGUGCACAUCU